GGGAAUUCUGAAGCGCGGGCUGUUCUAGUCAGAGCUUGUGCUGAAUUGCUGGCAUGAGACAUGCUAUGACUGGCGUCGCACGUUGGCAGUUCCGGCUAAGCAGAGUGACGAACGCGCUUUUGCAUAGCUUAGUGCUCUCUUUUCCGUUCAUUGCGUUCCAGCGUAUGCUUCGCAGCAUGCCGCCGCGUACUAACAGAUGGCGGCCGAGGGAUGCGCAACCUCCGCAACCUGAGGCAGGGCAACAGAAGGAUGCGGAGCUUGGUGCAGGGAGUGCGCCGACACGCGCAGCCGCCACCUCUUCGACUCGAGCGCAGAUGUCUAGAGUUCCAGAGAGGCGCAACUAUGAUCCUGCGAAUUACCCCGCAUCGACUCCGACCACCCAGGAGUUUGUGUUCGGCACCUCGAAGUGGCAAUCGCCCUCUGUGCCCAUUGGAUUUACGAUUUCCGAUGAUUUGAAACUAGAUGCUUACAUCACUGAUGGUACCUUCGGACGGUGCUUUCAUGUCAGCACUCUGCCAGCAUCAGGCAAGUGGCCGAAGGCGAAAGAGGGUCUUGUGGCGAAGAUCAUGCGCCCGAUAGCCAAACAUAACCAAUAUAUCGGUGACGCAACAAUAGAAGCAUGCUACUUGACGCAGUUGAUGUCGCACGAGAGCUGCCCCAGUUCCAUCGUGAAGUUCUACGGUUCUGUGAUAUUUCCUGACCCACAGAAUGCAGAUAAACGUUUUCACGCUUUGAUAUUUGAGGCGUGUGCCGCUUCUUUGCACGCGUUCUGGCAGGAUUACGCGCGCAGGCAGAGCUGGCAUAACGAUGACAUCCGCAGUAUAGCGUUCCAGCUGCUUCAAUGCUGUGCCUUCCUCCAUGGGCUCGGGUUUGUGCACACCGACAUAAAACAUAAGAACAUUAUGUUGAAAACCGCAGCGUUGCGCUCGGACUCGCGUCGACCGCUGGAUGCAAGCGUAAGGGUCAUCGACUUCGGCAACAUGACGCACACGGAAGAUUAUCACACCCAACCGAUAGGAACUAGGCAGUUCCGGGCACCCGAGAUCCAGCUAGGCUUGGAGUGGGAUGACAAAUGUGACCUUUGGGGUUGCGGAUGUGUCCUCCAUUGGAUGCACGAGUCUCGGACGGUCUUCGAGCCUUACUCCGAGGCGGAUCAGCUCCAGCUCAUGGAAGAGCUGGUUGGCCGAAGUCUUCCCCAAAAGCUGAUCGCCCGCUCGAAGAGGCAGCACCUAUUCGAGGGGGGCGAGCUGAAGCAGAGGCAUGGCAAAACCUGCAGCAGCAAGGGGGUCGGGAAGAAAGGGAAGAAGGGCGGUGGCAAAGGCAGCGUGAGCGUGGUGCCGAUUAGUGAGGGUGUAAAGGAUCCGGGCUUGCAAGGUCUGCUCCUGGAUCUGCUCGAGCUGGACCCGUUGGAUCGACUCCCCGCUGGGACGCUCCUGACGAAGUACGACUCUUACUUUCGAGAGGGUGUCCUCUCUUGAAGUUGUGAUGCAACACUCUGAGUAGCUUUCAGUAUUUUUCACGGCAGGGCUGUCAACCGGCACUUGCUGCGGCAGUGAUACUACGCGCACGCGUGUGAAUCUUGUACAGUGUGUCAGCGAGACGGGUCACAGGGCGCUCUUGGCGUCACCUUGGAGCCGUUGAGUGUUGUCAGCCAACAUCGCGACAAUGAA